GGAGAAGGCACAUAUAGCUAUGAUUAGUGAAACUUGGUUAGAUGAAGAAGAUAGUGUUAGGGUUGGUAACUAUAACAUUAUUCGAAGAGACAGAGAAGAUGGAUAUGGUGGGGUCUGCAUACUGUUUCAUAAGUCAGUGAAAAUUAUUCAAAAAAAUGUAAGAAUGACCAAUACCAAUAUUGAAAUUAUAUAUGUUCAAAUACUAAAUAUAGCUGGAAUAAACAAUAUUAUUUUUUUAUAUAGCCCACCGACAAUUACUACAAAUCAAUCAGACUGGGACCAAAUAUUUAGAAUUGCUGGCACUGGAACUUUGGUAUCAGGCGACUUUAAUAGAAGAGGUGAAAUGAUUUACCAAGCCAUGUUUGAAAAUAAUUAUAUGUGCUUGAAUAAUGGUGCUGCUACAAGAAUUAGAAUUGCUGAUGGCAACUGGCAACAAUCGUCCCCAGAUAUUUCAUUUGUGACCACAGAUAUAGCUAUUAAAUUCACAUGGUAUUCCACUAACGAGUCUUUGGGAAGUGACCAUAUUGUUAUAAAAUUGACCUAUGGAUAUGAAAGGCUACACUUGUAUACAAAGAAGAGAAACUAUAAAAAAGCAAAAUGGAAGGAAUUUCAAGAAGUAUGCGAGCAACACUUCUCUAAUUUGCCAAUAUUAAAUGAUGUCCAAAGUAGUUAUGAUACAUUUGUAAACAAGUUAGACUAUGCGGCUGAGGAGGCUAUACCUUGGAUCAAAAUUUGUCAAGAUCCCAACAAUAAAUUUAGACCUAAGCCUUACUGGGAUUCAAAUAUUUCGAAAGCAGUAGCAGAACGCAGACUAGCGCUGGCAAAGCUUCGGCGUAACCCUACUCCAGAAAACUAUAAAAUGUACAAAGAAAAAUUAGGUUUUGCUCAAAACUUGAUAACGACUGCGAGAUAUAAGAAGUUGGACAGAGUUUUGUACAAGUAUUGGCUCCGAGACAUCUACCACUGAAAUGUGGAGGAAGAUGA